GCUUCAAUAUUAUUGAAUAUAACCCCCAGAGAGUUUAUUUUUUUAUGUAGGGCCUACCCUUGUGAUUAUUUCAUGCAAACCGCCAAACAAAAAUGUGCAGUGUUUAUGAUAAUAGCCGUUAGAUGGGGACACCCGGACAGAGGACAACGAGAGGUACAACGAGAAUGGCGUUGCGAUGUGUGUUUUUUGCUAAAAACCAGAAUGAUAUGAUAAUAGCCUAUAAAAAUGAUAAUAGUCAACACUGAACAGUAGGUGCUCGCAAUCUCAGCUCGCAAUGGCUUCCAAUCAGAGACGAAAUGGACCAGGCAAUCGUGUCAGAUUGCAAAAACUAGACAUUCGUGAACAUUGCACUUGCAAUAAUGACGACCAUCCUGAGUCACAAGAGAGUUUUCUUUUUAAAGAAGAAAUACAUUCAGCGCAGGUCCUUAGUGGGCUCAACAAUCUCCGACAGAGCGAAUCUUUCUGUGAUGUAACACUUUGUGUUGAUGGACAGGAUUUUCCAUGCCAUAGGAUACUGCUGGCAUCAGUCAGCGCAUAUUUUCACGCCAUGUUCUCGGGUGAACUCGCAGAGAGUCGGCAGGACAGGGUGAGCAUAAAUGGCGUCGAGGCGGCCAUGAUCGAGCUUCUCAUCGGCUACGCGUACACGUCUGAGAUCCUCAUCGCGCGAACAAACGUCCAGUCACUGCUUUCAGCGGCAAACCUGCUGCAGGUUCUCCCGGUGCGCGACGCAUGCUGCAGCUUCAUGGAGCGAAACAUGGACGAGGCCAACUGCAUUGGCAUCCAUUGCUUCGCAGAGACUCACGCCUGCCCCAAUCUGCAGCAGAUGGCAAAGGCCUAUGUCUUGCAGCACUUCCAGAAGGUGUCGAUGCGUGAGGAGUUUCUCGGAUUGUCGCAGUCGAAGCUGAUAGAGUUUAUCUUGGAUGAUGAUAUCUGGGUCGACAGCGAAGAACAGGUGUUUGAGGCCGCGAUGCGGUGGUAUACUCACAAUGUACAGGACCGAGAGUCCGAUUUUCAAGAGGUUCUCAAACACGUACGAUUGCCGCUGUGCAGCCCCUACUACUUGUAUGAUUGUGUCAGGACACAGGAAGUCAUACGGCAGUCUGUAGAAUGUCAGGAACUGGUUGAGCAGGCCACAAAGUAUCACUUGCUUCCAGAUAGGCGAGUAGAACUGAGGACCAGCAGAACGCAACCUAGGAAAGCAGCAGGUAUUCAAGAGGUAAUAAUUCUAGUCGGAGGUGAGGAUGAUAAAGUCGUUCUUAGAAGUGUGGAGAGCUAUGAUCCGGUAAGCUUCAAGUGGAAAACACUGGCAUGUCUGCCAUUUGCCGUGAGCAAACAUGGAUUAGUAGUAACUGGCAACAACUUAAUUUACAUGUGUGGAGGAGAGUUUCCUGAUGGGUCUGCUAGUGGUAGCAUGUGGCGAUAUGAUCCGAAUUUCGACACAUGGCAAGAAAUGGCUUCGAUGCACACACCUCGUUCGGAACUGGGUUUGGCAGUACUUGAUGGCUACAUCUAUGCUGUAGGGGGGUGGGAAGGACAGCAGAGACUGGACUCGAUGGAACGUUACAAUGCUAGUACAAACAGCUGGGACUUUAUGGCACCAAUGACUCUGGCUGUCACAAGCCCGGCUGUUGCAGCUCUCUUUGGACGUCUCUACAUCACAGGUGGCGCUGUGCUUGAGGAUGGUGAUGGCAUAGACUUAGUGCAGUGUUAUGAUCCGUGGAAAAAUUUGUGGGCCGUGAUGUCACCCAUGCUCAUCCCCCGGUCUGGGUCGGCCGCCUGUGCUGUCAACAGCAUGAUCUACGUCAUCGGUAAGUGGGUGCAUGCAUCCACUGAAAAUACUAACAAAGCAGAAGCCUAUGAUCCACUGACAAACAAGUGGACGUCUGUGGCUGCUAUGGAGGAGAAACGCUACCGACCUGGUGCUGCAGUCAUCAAUGGCAUGAUCUAUGUGUGUGGAGGUGAAGAAGGCUGGGAUAGGUACCACAGCUCCAUCGAACGCUAUGACCCAAAGCGUAACUGCUGGGAGGAAGUUGGAGAAAUGCCUACAAGCCGAAGUUCGCUCAGCUGUGUUCCACUGACUGUGCCAUUGACCGCGCAGCGUGAUGGCUUUUCUAGCCACAGGUGCCAUCGUGACUAGAACUUCACACACAACAUUAGGCACUGCACUCGUCUCGCCGCUACAUGGACAGGAAUAGCAUGCAAUGAGAUUAAUGGUGAACCUUAGCUUGUUUGCACUCAAUUCGCAUUGCAUUGCAGAUAAACUGUGUGUAGAAUCAUGUAUAUAAUUCGUGAAAGUCUCUGUACUGUCCUUGAUAUAUUUAGUACAGUAAUCCGUUGCAUAUCGUUGCGCGGGUCACAUGCCUGGAAAGCGCCACAUAUAUUGAAACCAUGAAUGGAGAGUACAAUAUUUACUCAGUAGUAUAUGAACAGAGAUCAAGUCACGUACUUCAUGUAUGAAGAUCUCUAUUAAUUCAUAUACCUCAUGUAUAAAAUAUGCCAUUCGUGUAUUUUUUAUUUAAUACCUAAUAGGAUCCAUGGUGUUAGGUGCAGGGUUGGGGGACAUUUUUGAAAGUGGGAGAGGGAACCAUUUAGACAGGGUUAUAAAAAAACCUAUGCUGCAAUUGGAGAAUGACAUACAAAUAGUAACCAUGACUAAACACAUUCCAUUAUUUCAAGAAAUGCGAUAGGAAGGGAUUACUGUAAAAUGUUCAAUGCAAGUUUUAAUAUUUAUUUUUGUACAGCUUCAAGCAGAUGUUUAAUGUUACUUGAAUCACACACUAGUCAAGUAUAUUGCAGCCUAGUAAGUUUGUGUUUCUGCUCCUAUUAUUUAUUAUACUGUCGGAUCUUGUAUAGCGAUAUAGUGAAUGGUUUGACAACAACCAUAGGUAAUAUUGAAUAUGUACAUCAUAGAAAAGUAGAUAUUGUAGCAAAACCCAGCACACUUGUAGAAUUCUUGAAUGGCGAUUAUUUUAUUAUUUAUAUCUGGUCGACUCUCUUGAAGUUUCAGCAACACCGUUAAACAUUGUAUGAGAACUUGUUUCCUGAUAUGCCUGACACUAAACUAAUAAACCCUGACAGUUAUUAUGUGAAUUA